CCAACUUCUACUACAUACUAGUCGCCUCUAGGGUCCAGAACAACCAACUAACCUAGCAGAAUACUGCAAUGAAAACUAAUAUACGUACAAGGCGUACGUACAUGAUAUUAUGCGAGUGCAUGUCAAGCACCGGAUCCGCAAAGGCACUUCGCCUCGUUAAUAAAGAUGCAUGAAUUUCCUUAACGUCGGGUCUAUUAUUGCAAGGCUCUGCAUAUGACUACAUGGGUUUGAGGCUCGUGGUCUCAUCAUCCUCUCCCAGCUGCAUACUAACUACAAGUCUCCGGGCUUGCGUACUAUCACAUUAGCUUCGGCUCUCACCCGGGGUAGCACCGGACAUCUGACGAUCUUAGGACCCUUCAAGGUCCCCCGUUUACACCCAAGUGGCAUUACCCCAAUAGGCAGUACGCGAUGAUGAUAAGACCCAUAGAGUGGUCUAGUCUGGCUGUCUGGCUGUCUGGCUAAGUGUGCACAUUGUUCCCAUCCCCACAAGAUCAUUCGUAUGUAGGUAGUGCUGGUCACAAUUUGCCAUUUUCUCUCCAAUAAUAUAUACAUUACAUAUUGGCCGGUUCUGUAAACAUCUCUUUCUAUCUUGGUAUUUCUUUUACUUUGUUCCCUUUCGUUUGUUUUCCUUCAGUCCUUCUCUUCUUGGCGCCUGAUAGACGGUAUCUAUCAUGGCAGCCCAGGACCCAAACGCGCCGACGGACAGCAAUGGCGAUGCUCUGGUGGUAACCGCCGUUGUUAUGCUGUCAGUUUCCUGGCUCUCCGUUUCCCUGAGGUCAUUUGUCCGUGCUAAGUUAACCAACGGCUUCCAAUGGGAUGACUGGUUGAUGGUUGCUGCUCAAGCAAAUUUCACUGUAUCAUGCGCGCUCAUUCUUAUGGGGGUUCGGGAUGGGUUGGGGAGGCAUAACGCAUCGCUAGACCAGCACCACGAGAUCGAGGCCUUGAAAUAUCAGGCGUUAGCUACGGCAACAUACGUCCUUAACAUGUGGCUGAUCAAGCUCAGUAUUGGUAUCUUCCUGCUCCGCCUCGCUUCGCAAAAAAGGUACAGAUAUAUUCUCUACGCGAGUAUCAUCAUCUUCAGCAUAUGGAGCAUAGUCUUGUUCUUUUGGAAUAUAUUUCAGUGUAAUCCGGUUGCCGCUCAAUGGGAUUACACGAUUCUUCAGAAUGACCCCAACUCACGAUGCGUCUCGGCCGAUGAGAUUGUCAACGCUGCUUACGCACUUAGUGUCAUGAGUAUCCUGUCCGACUGGCUAUACGCGUUGUUGCCGAUUCCCAUACUCUGGAGCGUUAAGAUGAGUGCGCAGGCUAAAAUGACAGUGGUCGUGGUUCUGGGUUUGGGUGUUUUCGCAAGCAUUGCAACGCUUGUCCGACUCAAGUUUCUAGCUGAUCUCACUGACCUGGCAGAUAUACUGCAUGCUGGCACUGACGCGAUGGUUUGGACAUUAAUUGAACCUGGAGUUGCUAUUGUCGCCUCGAGUCUUGUUACUAUUAGGCCCCUUCUUAGGCUAUGGAAGAUCAAGGGAUUCGGUAGCACCGGUGGUCAGAGUCGCCCAAAUCCAUUUAGUAAUAGCCAUCCGAUGUCGCGUACGAAUCGAUCGAACAUGCCGGCAUUUGGGUCUGCCGAUGUUACUCUCGUAGACAUCGAAACCGGCCAUUCGAAGAGCUCUAAGUCGCGCUCGCCAGUCGCUGGGUCGUUUGGUGGCAAGAUUCAGCGGACUUCGUCGUUAUCAGACGCCGGGAGCAUGACGAGCAAGAGUUUCCAGUCUCGAGCAUCAUCCGAUACCGCAAUGCUUCCGAGCAUACCUCGGCGCUCUCGAUCGAUCUCGGAUGCCGAUACACUAGCCGGUAGAAGCCAGCGAUCUCGACCGUCAUACAUGUCAAGAGUAAAUGAAGCACCUAUCGAAGAAGAUGAUGGACGGCAAGACUAUGCGGAAAGUAGACCCGGGAGGAUAAAUAGAAAGAGUGAGAUGUAUAUCAUCGAGGGUAACACGACACCGACACCUACGACACCUAUGGCGCCCGUGGGAGCUAAUACACGCGACGAGACAUGGCUAGCAGAACAAGAUUCGUCGAGUGACCGAUCCUUUGAACUCGGCCGCGUUCAAUCCCAAAACGACAGCAUUAGGAACUCAAUGCAGCCAACGAAACCAUUACCGUUACUACCCGCAUAUCGCCAAAGGUGAACUCGCGUAAUCGAAUUAUAAUAUAAACUACAAUGUACAAGGCCUCGAGACGAUGACUACGAGAUUCUCUACGAUAAUAUCUAUAGCGUCGACUUGAUUUUUUGCUCCCCCUUUCAAUUCUUCUAGAUGUGUAAAUGGAUAUUAUAUUUGGACAUACCCAAAAGGCUGAAAUACAGAUUAGCUUAAUGGCGGGGGCCGGGCCGCUGGGAAUAGAAGCAUUAAGGGAGGUUACGGGAGAAAAGGAAAGGAAGUUCUCUCGCCAUCGAAAAGCAAUGUUUUGGAAGGUAUCCUUAAAAAGAGUCUACGGGAUGUACGGGUAGGCUAUUAUGCCGCCUUAGGGCUAUAUUGUUAUUUAUUGUUAGGCGCUGGAAGGUUUGGGGCUAAUUUGCCUGAAAGAGGCUUUUCUAGCAAGGUUGCUGCUAUUGAGGUCUCAUAAGGGAGACGAGGGUAAUUGGUGCCUAAGAGGAAGAUUGGGCGACUUCUGGGGAUGUUCACGAUAGGGGAUUUGUUACGUAUAUACCUACCUACGUAGCGAACGAAAACUUAUUUACAUAUAUUACCG